UAACAUUACCGUUGGAAACAACCGCCUUACAAAAUUAAAUACUAUAAAGAUUCAAGACAAGAGCUAAGUAGAUGUAAUUAGUUUAGUUGGUUAGUGUAUCUUGUAGGAAAAGCAAUUUUCUCUCCCAAUUUCUUCUCUUCGCCGACUGACGAUUUAGGGUUCAGUCAAUUUCCCUUCCUUCCUUCGCCGCCGGCAUCUCAUCUUCUCGGUGCCCGGCCGUCGUCCUCUCAAUUGGCUCUCUUAGGGGAGUCUAAGCUGGGUUGGAUCGUGAUGGGACGAUCACAUCUCCUCAAGGCCGUCUGUCUUCACCUGCACGCCGAAACCCUACCCUACUCUCCAUGGGAGCGCUGAUUCUCCGAAAUGAAAUCCAUCGAUCGCUUCCCAAUCCGACGUCGUCUUCUCCAUCCAUAGCCGUCGUCCAUUUCCAGUUCUCCACAGGGCAAUCGAAUUGUUAUUAGUUUCCAAUUAUUUUUGUCGAUUGCGUCAGUUCUUGAAACAUCCGGUACGAUUUUGAUGAUUGGCGAUCUGUUGCAUGAACUAAUUGAACGCCAUUCUUGUGCAGGGUUCAUUUAUGGUUCUUCUUGUUGAAAGGGGGGAGACCGGGAGCCCUAAUUUGAUUACUCCAUGCCACUGGUUCAUUUAUGGUUCUUAUUAUUGGAAGAGAGGAGACCGGGAACUCUAAUUUGAUUACUCCAUGCCGCUGAACGCAAUUCUUGUUCAGGGUUCAUUUAUGGUUCUUCUAUUGAAAGAGAGGAGACCGGGAACUCUAAUUUGAUUACUCCAUGCUGCUGGUUCUUGCUGAUUGUUUUGUUAUGGUCUGAUGCUGUUGAUGUUCCGGACAAGAGUACAAGGCUGAAAUUAUAAAAUGGUUUGAACAUGUGUGACAAUUGAAGAAAGAAUAUGAAGAGACGUUUAAUACUGCCAGCAUUGAUUGGAGGCCCAACCCACAGAUAUGGAGCCUCUAGCUGCUGGUUAUCAAGAACCCUAAUCUACAGUAUGGAGUGGACGAGAGCUGCAGAUAUGGAGUCUCCUGCUGCUGUUGAACAAAAGGCUCCACAUGCAAAUAUGGAGAUGGCAUCUGCUAUUGAAGAAAAGGUUAGGUCUUGUCGUGUGUGGCUCAGAAGUGCUGGGGAUUAUCGAGGGAGUUUGGCUCCAUGGAGUCCGAGUCCCUGGCAAUGAUUGACGUCGCAGGAGUUCCGCACUGAUUCUAUCAGUAAACUACGACAUGUACUCCUAGGAAAUCGGUUUCUUUUGUUCUUUAUGGAGAAGUUUAGAGCCAACAUUGUUUCUUGUUGUUUAUGCGGAUUCGUAAGCGAUGACGCUUGCAACUGGGACCUCCGCUCCAGUAAGAGUCGCUUACUUGAUCCCCCUUUCCAUUUCAUGCUGUUGCUCUUGUCGUGUAUAAAUUUGUUCCCAUCUGCCAUCGGUGCGUUGAGCUCGUGCAUUGCUUCAGUGCUUUACUUAUCACGCAAAGAACUGAAUUUGAACUUGGUAGCUCCCGGCAAAGUUUGAGAACUGACAUUCGGGUUCACUAAAGUUGCAGAUUAUAUGCUUCCGAGCGAGCAGAUGGGUUUUGAUCCGUUGGCUUGGUAUUGCCGUCCUGUGAUAAAUGGGAUUUGGGCACGAGAGACCAACAGCACUUUUGGAGCAUAUGCUCCUUGUGCCAUUGAUUCAGUUGUUGGCAAUGUAUCACAUUUGGUUCUUUUGGCCUUGUUGUUAUAUAGAAUAUGGCUAAUCACAAUGAAUCCAAAACUCAAGAGGUUCAUCUUGAGAUCAAAUCUCUACAAUUAUGCAUUGGCCUUGUUGUCCAGUUGUUGUGCUGCUCAACCAUUGUUCAGAUUGAUUAUGGGUAUAUCAAUCUUCAAUUUGGAUGGAGAGAUGAGUCUUGCUCCUUUCGAGAUUGUUGAAGUGGUCAUUGAGUUUCUCACAUGGUGUUCCAUGGUUGUUAUGUUGCUUUUUGAAACUCAAAUGUAUGCCAAGGAGUUCAGAUGGUAUAUCAGAUUUGGCGUAAUGUAUGUCUUAGUUGGAGAUGCAGUGAUUUUCAACUUUAUCUUUCAACUCAGGGAUAUGUAUGCCAGGCCUGUCCUGUAUUUUUGUGCCACUUCAGUCUUCUUCAAGGUUUUGCUUGGGGUGCUCUUACUUUUAUACAUCCCAAACUUAGAUUUAUACCCAGGCUACAUACCACUUUCGGAUUUGAUUGACGACAAUAAGAAUGAAAAGCCACUUGGAGAGCAUGUUUGCCCAGAAAGAUAUGCCAACAUGUUUUCUAGGAUCUACUUCACUUGGAUAACUUCCCUUAUGGAGCAAGGUUACAGAAAACCUAUAACAGAAAAGGAUGUCUGGAAAUUAGAUUCAUGGGAUCAAUCUCAAACACUGAGUAGAAAUUUCCAGAAAUCUUGGGAAGAAGAAACUAGAAGAUCAAAGCCAUGGCUUUUACGUGCAUUGAAUCGUAGCAUGGGAGGCAGGUUCUGGUUUGGAGGCCUCUUCAAAAUUGGCUAUGAUCUUUCACAGCUUGCGGGACCGGUUUUACUAAACCAUCUUUUAAAGUCUCUGGAGAAAGGUGAUCCCUCUUGGAUUGGUUAUGCUUAUGCAUUAUCAAUAUUUUUCAGUGUGUCACUUGGAGUGCUUUGUGAAGCUCAGUAUUUUCAGAAUGUCAUGCGUGUUGGUUUCAGGCUAAGAUCCACUCUGGUGGCUGCUAUAUUUCGAAAAUCCUUACGGCUAACACACGAGGGCCGUAAACAGUUCCCAUCUGGAAAAAUAACAAAUAUGAUAACAACAGAUGCUAAUGCACUUCAGCAAAUAUGCCAACAACUUCAUGGUUUAUGGUCGUCCCCUUUCCGCAUUACGAUGGCCAUGGCUCUUCUCUACCAACAGCUAGGUGUAGCUUCACUCAUUGGUUCUCUUAUGCUCAUCCUCAUGAUUCCACUCCAGGCUUUUAUCAUUAGCCGAAUGAGAAGACUGUCGAAGGAGGGAUUGGUGCGUACUGAUAAGCGAGUUGGCUUAAUGAAUGAAAUUUUGACUGCGAUGGAUACCGUAAAAUUUUAUGCAUGGGAACAGAGCUUCAAAUCAAAAGUUCAAAUAAUCAGAGAUGAUGAAUUGUCAUGGUUUAGGAACGCUCAGUUAUUGUCAGCAUGUAAUACUUUUGUACUUAACAGCAUACCAGUACUUGUGACGGUGGUCUCAUUUGGAAUGUUCACAUUGUUUGGUGGAGACUUAACACCAUCCAGGGCUUUUACAUCACUUUCCUUAUUUGCUGUUAUGCGAUUUCCACUGAAUAUGCUCCCUAAUUUGAUCACUCAGGUUGUGAAUGCUAAUGUCUCACUACAGCGGCUGGAAGACCUGUUAGUUGCAGAAGAGAGAAUAUUAUUACCUAAUCCACCUCUUGAACCAACAUUACCUGCCAUCUCAAUCAAGGAUGGAUACUUUUCAUGGGAUCCUCAGGCUGCAAGACCCACAUUAUCCAAUAUUAAUUUGGAUAUUCCAGUUGGCAGCUUAGUUGCAAUUGUUGGGAGCACUGGAGAAGGAAAAACUUCACUGGUGUCAGCUAUGCUUGGUGAACUUCCUCCUCUUGGCAACGCAACUGCCACAAUCAGAGGAUCUGUUGCUUAUGUUCCUCAGAUUUCUUGGAUUUUCAAUGCUACAGUGCGUGAAAAUAUAUUAUUUGGAUCUACGUUUGAACCAGAAAAAUAUUGGAAGACAGUAGAUGUUACUGCUUUGCACCAUGAUCUUGGAUUGCUUCCUGGCCGUGAUCUUACAGAAAUUGGUGAAAGAGGAGUAAACAUUAGUGGCGGACAGAAACAAAGAGUUUCAAUGGCUAGGGCAGUCUACUCAGAUUCAGAUGUAUAUAUAUUUGAUGACCCACUAAGUGCUCUCGAUGCACAUGUUGCUUGGCAGGUUUUCAAUAACUGCAUCAAAGAAGCUCUGGGAGGAAAAACAAGAGUGCUUGUCACAAAUCAGUUACAUUUUCUUCCUCAGGUUGACAGAAUAAUAUUGGUUGCUGAAGGUAAGGUGAAAGAGGAGGGCACCUUUGAGGAGCUCUCAAAGAAUGGUAGUCUUUUCAAGAAGCUAAUGGAAAAUGCAGGCAAAAUGGAAGAGCAUAUGAUAGAAAAUGAAGAUAGUGUAAAUAGUUCACAUGAACCAUCAUUCCUUUCUUCUGUUGACAUAAAUGAAACAUCAAAAGAUGGAGUUUCAAAUAGCAAAAUGAAAGAAGGACGAACAGUUCUGAUCAAGCAGGAAGAGCGAGAGACGGGGAUUGUCAGCUGGAAUGUUUUGAUGAGGUACAAAAAUGCUGUGGGAGGCUUGUGGGUCGUUGUGAUAUUGUUUACAUGUUAUAUAUUAACUGAAACUCUACGAGUGUCAAGUAGCACAUGGUUAAGUGUGUGGACAAAGCAGAGCACUUCAGAGGGUUACAGCCCUGGCUUUUAUAUUCUUGUUUAUGCCAUAUUGUCCUUUGGGCAGGUGCUAGUGACAUUGACAAAUUCAUUCUGGUUGAUCACAUCAAGCCUUAGUGCUGCUAAAAGGCUUCAUGAUUCAAUGCUGUUUUCCAUUCUCAGAGCUCCAAUGGUAUUCUUCCACACUAAUCCUGUAGGACGGGUGAUCAACAGAUUUUCUAAGGAUCUGGGUGACGUUGAUCGUAAUGUUGCCAGUCUUGUCAAUAUGUUUCUGAGCCAGCUGUGGCAGCUUCUUUCCACUUUUGUUCUCAUAGGAAUUGUGAGCACAAUAUCUCUAUGGGCCAUCAUGCCUCUUCUCAUCUUAUUUUAUGCGGCAUAUCUUUAUUAUCAGAGCACAUCUAGGGAAGUCAAGCGCUUGGAUUCAAUCACAAGAUCCCCUGUCUAUGCACAAUUUGGAGAAGCAUUGAAUGGACUAUCUACAAUUCGAGCAUAUAAAGCGUAUGAUAGGAUGACUACUAUUAAUGGAAAAUCAAUGGACAAUAACAUCAGAUUUACUCUGGUUAACAUAAGUUCUAAUCGCUGGCUUACCAUAAGAUUGGAAACUCUGGGCGGUAUCAUGAUUUGGUUAACAGCAACUUUCUCAGUAAUGCAGAAUAAUAGAGUUGAAAAUCAGGUUGCAUUUGCAUCUACUAUGGGUCUGCUCCUUAGCUACUCUUUAAACAUUACAAACUUGCUAAGUAAUGUCCUGAGGCAAGCAAGUAGAGCAGAGAAUAGUUUGAAUGCAGUUGAACGUGUAGGAACAUAUAUUGAUUUACCAUCUGAGGCUCCGGAUGUGAUUGAAGGAAACCGUCCUCCAUCUGGAUGGCCUGCUGAAGGACAUAUCAAAUUUGAAGAUGUUCACCUGCGAUACAGGCCUAGACUUCCUCCUGUUCUGAGGGGACUCUCAUUCACCAUCUAUCCAUACCAGAAGGUUGGCAUUGUUGGAAGAACUGGUGCUGGUAAAUCAAGCAUGAUUAAUGCAUUGUUCCGGAUGGUGGAACUUGAAAAAGGAAGAAUCCUUAUAGAUGAGUUCGACAUAGCAAAGUUUGGAUUAACUGAUCUACGGAGAGUUCUCAGCAUUAUUCCACAGUGUCCUGUUCUUUUCUCAGGCAGUGUUCGUUUCAAUCUUGAUCCUUUUUGCGAACACACUGACCCGGACCUCUGGGAGGCUUUGGAGAGGGCACACUUAAAGGAUGUCAUCAGAAGGAGUUCUGUUGGUCUUGAUGCUGAGGUGUCUGAAGGGGGUGAGAACUUUAGUGUUGGUCAAAGGCAAUUACUAAGUCUUGCCCGGGCAUUACUUAGAAGAUCAAAGAUCCUUGUGCUUGAUGAAGCAACAGCCUCUGUUGAUGUCCAGACUGAUGCUCUAAUACAGAAAACCAUUAGAGAAGAAUUUAAAUCUUGCACCAUGCUCACCAUUGCUCAUCGGUUGAAUACCAUCAUCGACAGUGACCAAAUUCUUGUUCUUGACUCCGGUCAGGUGAUCGAGUUUGAUACUCCGGAAAAACUUCUCAAAAAUGAAGCAAGUGCUUUCUCCAAGAUGGUUCAUAGUACUGGCCCUGCAAACGCAGAGUAUUUACACAAGUUAGUUUUCAGAAACAAGGAGAAUCACUUGAAAGAAGCUGCGCAAAUUGAUGGAGAAAACCGAUGGCUUUUGUCCGCUCACUCAAAUGCUGCUGCAAAGAAUGCUCUUGCUUUGAGUCUUGCCUCUUCAGUAACAGACCUUCAGGUAUUGAAUUCUGAAGAUUGCAGCAAUGUGAUCAGCAAAACAAAGGAUGCGUUAAUAAUACUACAGGAGGUUUUGAUGGGGAAAUACGACGAGGUCAUCACUGAUACGCUUGACCAAUCUGAGGUUACAAGAUACAGUUGGUGGUCUACUUUUUACAGAGUUAUUGAAGGGCUCGCGGAGAUGAGCAGAUUGGGGAGAAAUGGACUUCGCCUUUUGGCAGACACCUCUGAAGAUUGGGAAUGGGAUGAUAAUAAAUUGUAAACUGGCAGUAUAAGG